UUGUGUGUAACUAUUAAUGCUAUGACUCACCCAAGAAUUUCUCUAACAACUGCUACUUUGUUUGUUUGUGAGCACCAAACCAACAACUUCGCUUCCGUUCUGCGACGACAAUAACCACCAUACGCCGCCGUACCAGAAACCUUCCUCCACCGUUGACAUUUUUCACUCUUCGAUUCACUCAUGGACUCAACAACUUCAACGCCAUCACAUGCCUCAUUCUCCGGUACAAAUGGAGUCUGUUUGAUGAGAAAUGGAUGGAAAGGGGAUCAACAUCCAUCCUUCAUUGAUUUUAUCUCGACUUUCCUCACUGCAAAUUCCUUUCGUCUUAAUUUCGUGCCAAUUGCUCCAGACUUUAUUUUCAAUUGUGGGGGUAUGUCCGUGGCCUUCAUUUUUGUGACAAACUGGGACUGCAACAACGUGGCUCCGAUCUUCAACAGAGUACAGAAACUGAAGACUCAAUUUUCACAUUUUUAUGUUGUUAUCACACUUCCAGCAAAAGAGGAAAUUGAUUCAUUUAUUCACUCAUAUUUCAAAUUUGGGAUGGUGAUUGGCAAGCCUACAUUUGUGCCAGUUAAGGACUUAGAGAUGGGGUUUGAAAAGAUGGUAAAAAUAGCCCAUUCUUCUGGAGCAUACAAACAACAGAGAAUCGAAGAAAAAUUGAAAGCUGAGAGGAAGCAGUUGGUUCAAGGAAUGAACUUUUACCUUAAAGUUGUUACCUCCAUCCCAGGCAUUGACAAUCACGAUGCAAAUGCGCUUAGUCAAGCUCUUGGUUCUGUCCAAGCAAUUGCCAAGGCAUCAAAAGAGCAAAUUCUUGAGAACACUGAUCUUUCCACUGACAAGGCGGAGAUGGUUUCGAGGUUUCUUAGGGACCCGAACUUUUACUUGCGUCCCAAGAUCAACUGAUAACAAAAUAACAGGAAUCCAGAUUGUAGUUUUUUUUUUUUUUUUGCUGCCUAAAUAACAUAAGCAGCACUUUGCACUGUAUUAAUAUGAGAUAUAUGUUAAUUCCUUUUUCCUUUUUUUGGUAACUUCUGUAUAUAAUAGUAUUCUUA